AUGGCCCGUCGUCCUGCCCGUUGCUACCGCUACUGCAAGAACAAGCCCUAUCCCAAGUCCCGUUUCAACCGUGGUGUCCCUGACCCAAAGAUCCGUAUCUUCGAUCUUGGACGUAAGAAGGCCAAUGUCGACGACUUCCCUACCUGCGUGCACAUGGUCUCCAACGAGUACGAACAGUUGUCCUCUGAGGCUCUCGAAGCCGCCCGUAUUUGCGCCAACAAGUACCUCGUCAAGUCCGCUGGAAAGGAAGGUUUCCACCUCCGUGUCCGUGCUCACCCCUUCCACGUCGUCCGUAUCAACAAGAUGUUGUCGUGCGCUGGUGCCGAUCGUCUCCAAACUGGUAUGCGUGGUGCUUUCGGUAAGCCCAACGGUUCCGUCGCCCGUGUGAACAUCGGCCAGAUCCUCUUGUCUGUCCGCACCCGUGACGCCAACCGCGCCCUCGCCGUCGAGGCCCUCCGUCGCUCCAUGUACAAGUUCCCUGGUCGCCAAAAGAUCAUCGUCUCCAAGAACUGGGGUUUCACUCCCUUGCGCCGUGAGGAAUACGUCCGUCUCCGCCAGGAGGGUCGUGUCAAGAUCGAUGGUGCUUACGUUCAAUUCCUCCGUCACCACGGUGCUGUUGAGCAGAACAUUAAGCGUUUCCCUGAGGCUUAUGAGAAUGUUUCCCAGGCUUAG